UGUCGGCAAGUGCGGGCUGAAAAUGGAGGGAUAGAUCCUCCACAUUCAGCCCACAAUGAUGUUUACGGUCGGAAAACUGAUCUUGAAAUUUUGCACGCAAGUAUAAAGUUGCCCAACAUGAAAGAGAUGGUAGGUGGCUGCUGUGUUUGCUCGGAUGAGAGAGGCUGGGCCGAAAAUCCCCUCGUGUACUGCGAUGGCCAUGGUUGCAAUGUGGCCGUUCACCAAGCUUGUUAUGGUAUUGUACAAGUCCCCACGGGGCCUUGGUAUUGUCGGAAAUGCGAAAGUCAAGAGAGACAGGCACGAGUGAGAGGUGACAUCUGUUUUCAGAGAUGUGAGUUGUGCCCUCAAAAGGAUGGUGCUCUAAAGCGAACAGAUACUCAAGGCUGGUGUCAUGUAGUGUGUGCAUUGUUUAUCCCGGAGGCAUGGUUUGCCAAUGUGCAGACAAUGGAGCCAAUAGUAUUGAAGAAUGUUCCCCCGGAGAGAUUCAAUAAAACAUGUUAUAUAUGCGAGGAGCAGGGCCGGGAGACGAAGUCAACCACCGGCUCCUGUAUGACCUGUAACAAAAAUGGAUGCAAGCAGAACUUUCAUGUUACAUGUGCCCAGGCACAAGGUUUGCUGUGCGAAGAAGCUGGUAACUAUGGCGACAAUGUCAAGUAUUGUGGCUACUGUGCUUACCACUACAAGAAACUGAAAAAGGAUGCCAACAUAAAGACCAUUCCUGCAUUCAAACCGAUCCCGUCCGAGAAUGCUACCCCUGACUCGACGCCGGAGAAGAUAGCUCCGGUAAAGCCAGACAAGGAAAAGGCAAGAAAGAUCUUCACAAUCUUUUGUGAGCAGAGCAAGGAACGAGCCAAGACAGCGUUGGACCAUGCAGUCGUUCAGAGCCAAGCAUCGGGAAGUUGUGAAGUGGUUAAGCAGAGACCUCAGGCAACGCCUCCAUCUCAUAAUAAUAGUGCUAUGUCAGAUUCAUCGUCGAUGAUGUCACCAGAAUUUGCUGGAUUCACGGAGGCGGAUCUGAAAAAUCAUCCUGCGAACUCUCAGAUUGUGGAGUCGAUUAAUAAACCUGAGAUGGCUGUGUCAUCGUUGAGCAAUUCUUCAUGUAGUCCGCCAGGACACGACCAAAAACUGAUCAUGGACGCCCGGUUUACGGUGACAGAUUCGAACUGUUUGUUUUCCACAGCCUCGUCGCCCUUUACUAAUGCUAGCCCAGCUAGUAGUUCUGGGACUGGCGAGGUGACGAGUCCACACAACCAGGGGUCAUUCUCAAACUCAUUUGAAAAGUUUCUAAGUGGAAGUGCGCCCAAUACUGCUGAGGAGGACAGUGGCGGGAAGGGAAGUGAUGGGGAACCGCCCCCUGGGAAACGGUCACGGUCAAGAUCUCAGGAGAAGGAGAAGAAAAAGGUUCGGCGAGGGAAGAUAUCAAGUUGUGUUGGUGGCAAGGGGAAGAUGAACAAGGACAUGAUGCAGACAGGGAAGGCCGUGUUGACGCCCGGGGCCAAGAAACUUUCCUUGCGGAAAAAGUCCAACAGCUCCUCCAAUGGACUGCCCCCUGGGAUGCCAGGGGGUCCCAACUGCUCCGCAGGGGCUGGCCCAGGGCAAAACAGCUUCUGUAACAGUGUGUUUGGUGGAUCUCCCUACUUCCAGAGUCUCAGUGCUCCAGGCCCGGUGUCACUACCCAGGUUCGGACAGUCAGGUUUUGAUGGAAGAAGCUCAUCUGCAUGUGACUCCAGCCGGGGAGGAGGGGAUGCGGACAAGGACCCAGUCAAUGGUUACCUGUGUCCCCCCAAAAUGUUCCCCUCCUUGUCAAGGUGUGGAGAAGGGCCAGGAGGAUUCCCGACGUCGAUGGAGCAGUUGCUGGAGAGACAGUGGGAGCAGGGGUCACAGUUCCUCAUGGAGCAGAGCCAGCACUUUGACAUAGCGUCGCUGCUGAACUGCCUGCACCAGCUGAAGACUGAGAACACGCGGCUGGAGGAGUAUGUGAAGUCCCUGACGGAGAGGCGGAACCAGCUGCUCACCAUCAACGCCAGGCUCUCCCUCCCCUUCAACACCGUCAACAACAACUCCAUGUCGCAUUCACCACCAGACUCACCUCCCGACAUCAAGUCACAGGUGGCCCAGUCCCCGGUGGACCACUCGUCCUGCCAGAGUCCAGCUCCUCCCAUCAUCAACCCCAUCACACCAUCCAACUCCGACGACGCCCCCAGCCCCUGUGAGUGUGUGUCUCCACUAGUUGCAGGGUCAGGGGUGACAGUGAAGACCCUCCCUGACCGGUCACAACCAGGCCAACAGCUGCCCUCUACCUCUCAGGAUCAAAAACCACAGCCUGGCUUCACCAUUAGUCAGUCAUUAGCAUCAUCAUCAUCGGUUCCCAUGGCAACCGGUUUACCGUAUCCUCUCCCUCUCCCUCUCCAGACUCAUGGGGGCUGUCAUCGAGUCCCGGAUGGGAAACCGAAGGACAAGACUUGAAGCUGUGUCCUGGAAGUCCAAUGAGCCCCAACAUCCCUUGUUACAACAGGGCCCCAGAACACAUCAGUACGUGCCACACACUGGACACAACGGAAGCCAGGAUUGGGCAACUUCCCAUGGAGCUUAUCCCCCAUUUGUGCAAUGAUACAGGUGCUGUGAUUGGAUGACUGAGGCAGUGAUGGAGAUUUUGGACCUUCUUUUAGAAUCAAGUCUCCAUGGCAAUGGGUGACAUAUUUCUCUUGCAUGCCAUGGAUGAAAUGACGUGUAUUUACUAUGGAAUAACGCUGGAUUCAUGGUUGGACCAUGAGAAGGACUUGGUUUAGGGCUGAUGAUUGGCUGCAAGAUGUCAGCUCGAUAAUUACCAUAUUUAAUGUAAUGUUUUGUAAAGAAUAUGAGGAAAGUGAACUCUUUCUGACAUUUUUAAAAACUAUAUGCAAAUAUCCUGUUAUGAUUUAACACCAGUUUAUAAUAUAACACCAGUGAUAGUGCUGGUUGUUGUUUCAGCUUUGUAGGCAUUUGGAACUGACCGGAAUGUGGUAGACACGGUCAAUCAAACACCUUGAAAACAGAGCUCUAAUACAUGUGUUCCAACCAGAUCAAUUAUCGUCAUGACAACAAAUGUGUUCAUCAGUGGUUAUUUCACAUUCUAAAGAGUUUUUUCUAUCCUUGAAGUGGUUUUUUUUUUUUCAAGAUUAUGUGAAUUAUUAGAAACAGGCAUGGAAUUUCAGUUGACUGUAUUUGCCGUAAUAAGUGCCCAGGCGCUUAUAAAAUUGACAAAUGGGUCCACUUAUUAAAAGCAAGCUAACUUUGUCUCCAGAAAUUGUGUUGUACUCAACAAACUUAGUUCAAACGAUCUAACGUAAACAUUCUCAAUUAUAGUUAUUGUUAUGUAAAUGUUUGGUCUUAGUAGGGGCAGGUUAUGAAGACUUCUUGUAUUUUGAUCCAGAAGUUUGUCAGAGGGGGGAGCAGGGCGCUUAAUACGGCUAAUACGGUACUUACGGUAUUGACACUACUCAAAGGAAGUUACAAAAGACCUGAUUCUUUUCAUAUGACUAUAGUUAAUCAUGUCAUGUCAUAUGAAAUAUUAGGGUGCUCUGUUACUUCUUUUGAGUAGUAUAUAUAACUCCUGGGCCCACUUGCACAAAGCCAUCUUAGCGCUAUGACUAUUGUAAGCCUAUGAGAGUUACCAUCAUCUUAGCGCUUAGAUCGCUUUGUGCAAGUGGGCCCUGGUCACUAUUGAAAUCAGCACACCAACAUUGUGUAUUAUCGUCAUAUUUUCAUGCAGUGAUUUUCAAGAUGUCUAUAUGCCUAAAGAUGGCGGUGAGGAUGAGAGUCGUAUGGAUUAGGGAGUAUGUGAUGAGGUUACAGCGGCACAAUGUUCCAGUCAUCAAUAAUCAUGUCAUCCUCAUGUACCAGACAAAGGGUUUCAUUGUCAUAGCUGUAUAUAAUUUAUUUUGAGAAUGAAAAUCGUCAUGCAUCUUCAAAUGUCACUACACUAUUUUCAAUUCCAUGUUUAUUGAUGGAACUCUGGAUAGUUUCCAUGGAUUUUACACUGAUUCUUACUGAUGGGUAUGGGAGUGAGAUUUUAGUGUGUAGGAGUAGAGUGAUGUAGACGAACGUGACAAGGCUGGUGGGCUACUUGAAGUAGUAGGAUCAGUGAUGAGUGCUGUGUGAGAGAGACAUUGGACGUACGUCUGUGUGAAACCAAACUGGCUACUUGAAGUAGAAGGAUCAGUGAUGAGUGCUGUGUGAGAGUGACAUUGGACGUACGUCUGUGUGAAACCAAACUUUCUAGUAUGAUAACGUUCAUAACAUCUCUUACUCCCUGUAAUCAAUUGCUGUGAUAUGGCUGAAAUAUUGCUGACUGCGGCAAUAUUUUCACUUUAUUGUAGAUGUAUGGUGGCUUACUCUGCCAACAACUAAUUGAUCAAUUGUUUGUUUGAAUAAUAUACUUGUGUUAGAAUAAAACGAUGAUCUUUAAAUAGUGAGGGAAAUGUUUACUGCUGCUGAUCAGGCCGAUACUCAGCCCCAAGCCUGCAGCAACUGUCAGUACAACUGUCGGUACAACUGUCAGUACAACUGUCGGUACAACUGUCAGUACAACUGUCGGUACAACUGUCGGUACAACUGUCCGUACAACUGUCGGUACAACUGUCCGUACAACUGUCCGUACAACUGUCGGUACAACUGCCGGUACAACUGUCGGUACAACUGUCGGUACAACUGUCAGUACAACUCAGUACAAAUCCUACAUUGGAAUUAACAUUCCCCAUGUCGUGUUAUGAAUUCACUGAGGUGAGAUCCUGAUAACCUUGACCAUGAAAGAGAGUCAAAGAGAUUUAGAUGCUUACUUGUUCACUAUGGCACUGAAUGCAAUGUUAGAUACCACUUAGUUUAAGAAAAUCCAAAUUUUGAAUUCUAUAAGAAUUUUUUCCCAGUUUGCCUACCAUCCCUUAAUCUAUGAACGCCUCUGUGAAGGAGGGCUACCAUACCUUAAUCUAUGAACGCCUCUGUGAAGGAGGGCUACCAUACCUUAAUCUAUGAACACCUCUGUGAAGGAGGGCUACCAUGCCUUAAUCUAUGAACGCCUCUGUGAAGGAGGGCUACCAUACCUUAAUCUAUGAACGCCUCUGUGAAGGAGGGCUACCAUACCUUAAUCUAUGAACGCCUCUGUGAAGGAGGGCUACCAUACCUUAAUCCAUGAACACCUCUGUGAAGGAGGGCUACCAUACCUUAAUCUAUGAACAUGAUAGGCUCUCCUCUAUAUAACUUCUGUUCAUGAUGUAGCCUUGUGGGUAAGGUGGGUUUGCUCUUUAAGCAGAAGGUCUGGUUUGAUUCCUCUUAUGGUUACUAUGAUGUAAGCCCAAUUUUGGUGUCCGCCAGAAAUAAAGAUUUGAUUUUCACUACUUUUAGGAUCGUAGAUUAUCACAAAAAUAAAUAAAUAAGACAUCAGAAUUUUUAAAACAUCUUUUGUCAUCCUCUUCUACUUUUGACCAAUUAUUUGACAAGCAGUUGAUUAAUUUGUUGUGGCCAUGAUAUAUUUUAUAACUAUCUCAACCAUUUUACAUGUUUUAAGCAUGUUGGAUCUUAACAUCACCUGUACAUCAUGUAUGGUGUGAAGUCUAGCGUUACGUACAACUUCCCAUCCCACACUUUUACUGCUUUCCCUCCGAUGGAAUUAGAGGUUUGAUAUCAGACCCUGGUCAAAGUUUAGAUUUAACAAUAUUUUAAUAUGUAGGAGUUCUACCUAUUUCAGAAAUUAAUUUUAGCUGAACAAGAUGUGUGUAUGUGGUUAAGUAUUUGUUUGAACCGUAUAUGGUAUAAUGAUCAUCAAGCUUUAGUUAGGUUCACUGGUUGGUCACAGGGACCAAUAUUUGACACUGGAGAAAUCUGUAUUCAAUUCACUGCCCAACUCGUCCUUUUGCGACACAUAUCAGUUCAAUCUAUCGACAAGGUAAAGCAAUGCAGGCAAGAGUAAUGGACUAAACCUCAAAUCAUCAAGGACAGGGUGUUAUACAUCACACAAGCUGUGAGUUAAUUGUUACUUUACAACAGGUUGUGAACUGCUUACAGCCAAGGGAAAUGAGAUGAGGACUGUUUAGUAAGCUAAGGUCCCUUCACUGUAACUUUGUGUUGAGACGUCAUAGCACUGUAUAACGUCGUCAAUGGAAUGUCGAUGUACGUUAGAAAUUGAGGGAAAUAUAUUAAUUCAUUCUUAAUUAUCUUAAUUAUCUUAUGGUUGAAAUGUUUUCAGAAGUUGAAUACCAUUAACUAUCCUUUUAUGAAACACUGUAAAGUGACGGUGAGUGAUUUCUAUUUUUAGGAUUACGGAUUUUUCAACCCAAAGUCCAGGGUUGGAGGAGGGGGAAAAAAAAAAGCCAGAUGCAUUUUUUUUUAAUGCAGAAUGGCUCUGGCAUACUUUAUGAACAUAUUCUGUGCUCAAAAGACCGCCAUUUGUGAUGAUGAAGCCCCUUGUAACAAUAAAAAUUCUACCACUUACAACACAGACAAUUGUCAAGGGAGGCUAUUCAUGUUCGGCUUCGAGAUCAACAAAGAUCGAUUAUGUAUCUCUUUGCUAGUAAAGGAAAUCUUUUUUUUUUUUCUUUUUUUCAUUUUCUCAAAAAUUAGUCUGUGGGUCCGUAAUCCAAAAAGUAGAAAACGCCUGGUCCUAUGUCUCUACAGUAAAGUAUGAAAUCGUCACAGUAGUUAAUAAGUGCAUCCAGGUCAUGACAAUGUACACUAACCACAUUUUUUCAAAUGGAAAUAAGGUUAAGUCGUCUGGAUUUUAAAAAUACUUAUCUCAGAGAAAGUGAAAUUCUCUGAAUUCAGACGAGUGGGCAUUCUUACUAAUUCAGGCAACCGUGCUGGGAGUCGAAGAUGUUGGGAUGUGAGUCAUCCUGAACAUUAUCAUUGGAGAAGGAAAAGGACGCGUUGGCUGUAGCCUUUCUCAUGUACUGUCAUGACAAUCUCGUUAGCUACAACUGAGAUCUGAUUUUUUUGAGAUCGUGGUAAUGAGAGACCUGUGUGAAAUUGAGACGAGACUGGAUCAUUAAGUUUGAGUUAAUGCAAUAGGUGGGGCUGACUGUUUCUGGGUGAGUUUAGCUAAUGUUUACUGAUGUACUGGGGGAAACUGCCUCGUCUGAUAGAGUAUCCGUUCCAUUGUUAAUUCAGGUAUGUGAUAGGGUCCCCAAGUCCUUAAUCAUUAAGAGCAUAUUAUUAGAAAAUAUUCUUAUGUAUUUCAGACCCAUGAUUUCAGACAUUAGUUAAUAGAUUAAUACAGUUUCCCUAACAAGUUUGUUGAACUUUAUUGAUUGAAAAAUACCUUCGAAGGGGAAGUUAAGCUAGUGGGUUUGAAUCCUGGUUCGCCCUGAUCAUGUUUCUAGGUUUGUCAGCACCAUAUCUGUGCUCGUGGGUUGCACCAAAGUGGUAAACGUCUGAGACCUGCAUCACUUCUGGCUUUCCUCCCACAUUAAGCUGACUCACUGUGACGUAACUGGAAUAAUGUUGAAAGCGGUGUAAACCAAAGUCACUAACCCAAUUUUACUGACUACUGACUUGUGAACCACUAUAUCAGGACCCUCAAAUUGAUUUUAAAAUAUGCCAAGUAUACUAAGUAAUGACCAAUUAAGACUUCGCUCUGUCAGCAUUGUUCACAAUCACAAGUUUCCCAGGGAGAAGGUCAGUUCCAAAGAAUGUCGCUGGAGAUGCCAAAUGUAUGAUAUAGCAUUUAUCAAAUGAAUGGACUUGUUGGUUAUACCCGUUGCUGUGAGGCAGGGAGAAUCAGUAUUCAUUGCAGCCUCCAGUGCUGGAGGUAGGACCACUGUUGUGAUUGAAGGAUACUCAGAUGUUACCUGUUGUUGGAGUUACUGAUGCUGUUGGAAUCUCAUUGGCACAGGCACUGCUACUGUGCGUGCUUGCUGCCUGGGUCCUUUUGUGUACCUUGGUACCUGGUACAAUGGUGUCAACUGAGCUAUGUACCAUGGUACAUGGGGUAUACUCAAGUGAACUACGUACCUGGUACAAUGGUGUCAACUGACCUAUGUACCAUGGUACCUGGAGUUUACUCAAGUGAGCUAUGUACCAGAUACUGGUAUCUGCUGAGCUAGGAGUUUAGAAAGCCUUAGUGCUUGGAUACCCUGCUAUGCCCAGGUACAUGUAGGGUCUUUUGUGUAUACUCCUAUACUACUCACAAAUGUUAAGGAUCACCCAAUUCCUUCAUAUUACUGUAGCUAAUCUGACAUGACGCUAUAGCAAUUGGAAAGAAGCGAUGGUCCUUAACUUGGUUUGAGUAGUAUACUUGGGAACGUGGUGGUUCUUGUUCCAACAGCCAUCAUUAUUAAUGCGAGUCUAUCAGGGAAGGAUGGUGCCAAAACUAAAGAAAUCUGCAUGUACAAAGCUGGAUGUUGUUGCUAUGGUUACAUAACUUUUAACUAUGGCCCCCUCUGUGGUGCUGCCAUAUUUGGUCAUGAAACAGUCUGUUGGUAUUGGAUAAAUAUAUUGCUUGCCAUAUGUUGAUGUGAGACUUAUGUCACUGUGGGAGUAUUGCUUGUCUCAACUGGAUGGCAUUCAUUGCUUGUAUACCAUGACAAGUCUUGUUGACCAUAUAUGACCGGGAUGUACAGCCUGGCCAUAUAUGGUCACAGUGACCAUAUAUGGUGAUCAUGGCAUGUUCUGACCUUAUAUGGCAAUGAUGAACAUUUUUGUCAUAUAUACUGAUGGAAGAAAAUAAAGGAACAUGAAAGAAAGCUUGCUUUUAUUCUGUACGAACACUUAUGUCAAAAUAAGGCGGAGAGAUGUUAUUUAGGAAUGUUACCACAUUACCAAAACAGUACUGGGAGUUGGACUGACAUUUAGACCCAGAAAUAGUUCUCUUGUUUAAAAAAUCUAUUUCUACAAAAUAUAAGAUAAAAUCCAAAUGGAUCCUUAAUUUCAGGCCUAAGGCAAUCUAGACUUGGCUAUUUUAAUUUUUCUCUAGGUCUUGUUUCCAUUGUUUGUUCUAUCAGUACUUGGUCGUCAUGGCAAUAGGUUGACUAUAUAUGGUUAUGGUGGAUAUAUCUUGACCAUAUAUGGUUAUGGUGGAUAUAUCUUGUCCAUAUUUGGUCAUGAAAGAAAAUAUCCAUAAUGGCUCAUGUUGACCGGAUGUUAUCAUGAUGAUAUUAAUUGGCCAUAUAUGGUCACAAUAUCACACACUGACUAUACAGGUCAUGGUUGCAUCUGUUGACAUAUAUAUGGUCAUAGUGUGACUGUCAUGUGUGGACCAAGUUUGGUUGAAACAAUUUUGUACAUGUGACCUAAAUUAUAUGAAUGUGCCAGAUAGUUACGACUGAUGUCUGUCAGUAGAAGCAGCGAGUGUUCCGAAGGGGCACCUGUUCCUUGUGGCAUGUGUGUUUGUGAUGCAGAGAACACCUCCGGCGUUGCAAGUAAAACUGGUUAUUUAUUUUAUUUAUGGAAAUAUUGGAUCAAGUAUACUUUUUUGUUCUGGUGGGAGUUUAUCAUUCCCUACAGGUAUUUCUCAGUAAAUUGGACAGACAGAUAAAUAACACAUACUCAGAGGCAAAAGUAAAUGUUCAUGUUCCUAUAUAUCAGUCAUGUAUCAAUGAUAUGGGGAUUUAUUAACAAGAGGGCAAAGCCAAAAAAUCUCAUUUUCUUUGAAGAUAAAAAGUGCACUGGUGUUUACUUGAGAAGAAAACAGGUUUUCUUAUAAAAAGAAUCAUUUUAUAAGUUUAAGUUAUAAAUUCAAAUUCUACCUUGUUGUGGUGAAAAAUCUAGACUUGACUUUCUCUCGUACCCCAGUAUUUAUUAAACGGCAUCACACUGCCUUUGUCACGACAAGUGGUUUGUUGUGCACACAGCAGUCUGUGAAGCCAUACAUUUGUUAUAAAUUUUCAUUUUCAAUAAAUUUACUUCACUGAUCCCAGCUACUUUUGUCUUUGAUAAUGCUUUCAUUUCAUCAAUUCUUAAUGUCAUCCCACAAGUGUAGUGGUUAAGCUCGGUGAUGCUGCUUCAGUUCCGCUUCCUUCGUCCUCAGUUAUCCAUCUAUUAUUUAGAACUGACUUCAAUAUUUUAUGUGUUUAUUGAAGGAUACCUGUAAACACUGGUGCGCAUAAUGUAUACCGUAUUUCCUCUAAUAGACUCCGGGUCAAUUGUUCAGUGCAAAAAAUAGAAGCCGAGCCUCUAAUAGACGCCGGGUCGAUCAAUUGAUACAAUUAAUGAUCCC